CAUGCACACAAACACACUCACACACUCCGGCGUUUCUCUUUGUGUCAACUCUUUUGUGGAGUCUAAGCGCUUUCAAUUCCUGUGAACCUUCUGUGAGGACUUCAGUUAUUUCUUAUCCCAAAGUUUGCAGGUUUAUUGUUUGGACAUGGGCGGAGGAAAAGAACUUCUGCUUUUUCUUGGUUUCAUGUGCACAUUGAAAAAGUGCAUGCCUCAGUGUGACCGUGGCAUGACCAAGGAAGAAAACCGAUGUGUUGAUGUGGAUGAGUGUGAGGAAAUUCCAGGAUUAUGUGGUAAGCACGCACAGUGCUUCAACACAAACGGCAGCUACUAUUGCCAGUGCGAGCCUGGUUUCCACAACAUUAACAGAAACACAACCUUCACCGGGACUAAUGGACAGUGUGAAGACGAAGAUGAGUGUAUCUCCAAUAUCUGUGGUCCCAUGGCUCACUGCAAAAACUUGAUUGGGAGCUUUCGCUGUGUCUGCCAAUAUGGGUACACCAACAACAGCAAUGGAGACUGCAUAGACAUCGAUGAAUGCGAAAUAUCUGAGAAUCGAAAAGAAGACCUCUGUGGAAGUAAAGGAAGUUGUAAAAAUAUAAAUGGAAGUUACUGGUGCGAGUGUGCAAAAGGAUACACUAAUUAUGGAAAUGAAAGGACUCCAUGCUCAAAACUGGAUUGCAAAACCUUUGAUUCCGAAAGUGUAGCUGUGCAGCAUUACAGUGGCUUGGCAGAUCUGCUAUCCAUAAUGAGAAACAGCUGCAUGGUUCUCUCUAACCCAAAUAUGAGCAACGGCGGCAAGGCCGAUGGAGAUGCGCUACUGGAGAGACUUUUGACCGCGUCAGAGACCGUCUUAUCAUCAGUCGAUAUGGACUCGAGUGAAGGCAUGUAUGGGCUUUUAAAUACAAUGGAAAACUCCAUCAGGUUCAUUGGCCCACUACUCAGAGACGACCAUAUCUCGAUGGGCUCCAAUGAGACAGCUGUGGCGAUCGCUGUAGAGAGGGGAACCUCCCCGCCCACUGGACCGAUUCAUCUGGGGACUGAAAACUCUACGCUUGACACCGACUGGACAACGGCGGCUGGAACAGGAGCAUAUCCUGGCUUUGCUAUGGCUGCCUUGUUGAGCUACCAUAACCUGGAAAGAUCUGUUAACCACUCCUUUGACAAGCUCCAAGGAUUUGAAAAAGAUGGCAUUGAACCGACUUUCGAAAUCUUCUCCCGGGUUGUGUCUGUUGUGGUGUCGAACCCAUCCACCCAGAACCUGAGCCACCCAGUCAUCCUCACACUCAAACAUCUCCAGAACAAAUCGGAGGCAAGCUACAUCUGUGCUUACUGGAACGACAGAGGUGCCUGGGCCACAGAUGGUUGCUAUCAACAGAAAUCCAAUGCCACGCACACAAUGUGCCGAUGUGAACAUCUCAGCAGUUUCGCCGUGCUGAUGGCGCACUAUCCCGUCGAUCAAUCCUUUGCCAUCCAGUUGAUAACAAAGAUUGGACUGAUCCUCUCCCUGCUGUGUCUGAGUUUUUGCAUCCUGACCUUCAAGUUCUGCCGCUCCAUACACGGGACACGUACAACCAUCCACUUGCAUCUUUGUAUUUGCCUCUUCAUCGCUGAUCUCAUCUUCCUGGUCGGCAUUUCUCAAACAAAACCCGAGGGAGGCUGCAGGUUUAUUGCUGCCAUGCUCCAUCUUUUCUUCCUGGGAGUGUUUGCAUGGAUGUUGCUUGAGGGGGUGCAGCUGUACCGCAUGGUGGUCCUGGUUUUCAAUGCCACUCUUCGGCCCCUCUACUUAUUCCUCUUCGGCUACGGGGCACCCUUGGUUGUUGUCAUUGUAACUGCCAUCAUUAGACCCAAAGGAUAUGGAACUGAGGAGCACUGUUGGCUGUCCCUCAAAGACGGCCUCAUCUGGAGCUUCUACGGCCCUGUGUGCGUCAUCAUCUUCCUCAAUGUUUUCUUCUUCAUCAUCACCGUCUGGAAGCUGGCCCAGAAGUUCAGCAGCCUUAACCCGGAUCUGUCCAAGCUCAACAAAUUAAAAGCUUUCACAGUGACCGCCAUUGCUCAGAUGUGCAUUCUGGGACUUCUGUGGGUGUUUGGAGCCUUCCUGUUUCGCAAAGGCAACACAGCGGUCGAAUACAUAUUCACCAUUUUAAACAGCCUACAGGGAGCACUUGUCUUCAUCAUGCACUGCCUCCUAUCUAAACAGGUUAGAGAGGAGUACUACAACUUUUUCUCCUGCAUCUGCACUCCAAAGAAAAGAUACUCUGACUUCAGCAGUACAAAUCCAUCCAAUAGCCAGUCACAAGGUUCUCGGAGUGGACAGAACACUGGAGAAUCCCACAUUUGAAUCAUUCUCUGUAGUCAACCCAACAAAAGAAAUGAAGCUAUUAUUAGAUUUUAAAUCCACAAAAUCAACCUUUACUUUGUUUAAUACCCAUGAGCCAAGGCAACCACAUGAUGCUUUUGGGUCAAAGCUUGUGUUUCACGUGAAUAGAAAAGACGAAGCGUUAUUCAGAGUGAAAAGUUGUAUCAUGUCAUAAAAUUUGUAUCAAUCAUGGUCAUGUUUUUAAAUAAUGAAUUAUGGCCUCAACAGCUAUGAAGUAGGCCCGAGGUUAAUAGUAGUUAUGAAGAACAAUUUGGGAAAGUUGCUUUCUGUUGCAUCAUUUUGAACAUAACUGUCUCGUUAUAUAAGCUGUAUUCUCUUUGAAUUGUUUGGCUUUAGUUCCGCUUAGAAAAGACAUUAUGGAGUUUUGGAUGGACAUUUCCCAAGUAAAAUAUUUAAAGCGAAUAGGCCAUUUCGAGAGCUUUCAUGCACUGUAUUUCACUGUAUGGGUUUCGUUUUAUGGGAGAGAAAACAAAUGACUAAUAUUGAACGUAACUCAUGAACUGUCCCAAGUCGGGUUCAUGCAAACCUCAUGUGGGCCUUCAGUGUGAUGAAAUACAGAACCAAGCAAGAGUAUAAAGAUACAAUUGUCAAACAAAAUAGCUAUUCGAAUCACUUAGAAGACUCUAUUUAGGUUUGCAUUUGACUUUAUGACACUGGUUGAUUGGACAUUUUUCCAAAAAGAUUUCUUGAGAGAUACCGAACUCCGACCCACCCGUUUGAUGACUGUGCAGCUUCCUGUUAUUGAAAUUGUUUGUGGGAUUAAAUUCCACAUUGUCAUGUCAUUAUUGCUGCUCACUGCUUUGCUUCAUGGUUACUGUAAGGAUUCAAGUUAGGGAGCAGUGCGAACCUUAAACAAUUUCAGCACACUUUGUCUUCAUUGAACAUGCUUUAUGACUUGAAAAGUAUCCCGUCUUUUCGAACAUUUUAUUUGAUGUGAAGUUAUCGUAAUUUAUAGAAAGGAAUCCUCUUAUGGCUGUUAAAACAAGAGUCGGACAAGCUUCCUCCUGUAAACGGUGUUGGCCUGUAUUUUUGUUUACAUUCACAUUUUGUCGUGAACACCUCUUGGUGUAUUUGACAACUGCUCUGUAGUUUGAUGUUUGGCUACUUUUUUUCCGACCAUUUUUUAUUCAUGUAUAGCUUUGUGUUUUCUUGCACCUGUUGAAUGUAAGAUUAUGGCGAUUAACUAUGAUGUAUAUAAACCUAUUUUUCUACAU